AUGAAUGAAACUACAGACAAACUUAACUCUUCUCUCAUUCUUCCUUUCAGCAAGGACUAUGAGUUCUGUUCAAAUGGUGUUUAUUUCUAUUGUGGAAAGAUGGGUUCAGGUAAGACAUUUAACCUCAUUCGUCAUAUACUCAUAACAGAACGUUUAGGAAAUGACUCUUACUAUGACCAAAUCAUUAUAUCAGCAACUUCAGACUCUAUGGACUCAACAGCGAAAACAUUUAUGUCAAAAGUUCAAGCCUCUGUCGUUAAAGUUCCAGACAGUGAACUCAUUGAAUUUCUUCAACGUUACAUUCGACGUAAGAGGAAAUAUUAUGCCAUCGUUGAAUUUAUACAGUCAGGAAUGCAAAAGACUUCUGAGGAGAUGGAAAGAAUUAUUGACAAACACCACUUACGUCAAUACUCAGGAGUUUACGAUAUGAAACGACUUACAAACUACAUUCUAUCAAAACUUUCAAAAUACCCCUUCAAAAAGUAUCCUUCAAACACUCUGCUCGUUUGUGACGACUUCGCCGGAAAAGGUUUAGUGUCAAAACCAGACUCACCAUUAGCUAACA